AUGUUCCGCGGUCUCCCAGCACUCUCGCGGCCCCUCGCUGCGCCGCUGCGUACCGGUCCCAAGCGCGUGUCCGCUGUUGCCCGCAACGCCGCCGCGAGCGCUCGCCACUCGUCGACCAAUGAACCACUCGCCCGCAACACCGGCACAACCCACCCGUUCCGCUGGAUCGGCACGACUUUUGCUAUCGGUACCGGAGCGCUCUUGGUCGCGUACUACUAUGACAGCAGGAGUGUGGCUCAUGAGCAUGUGGUCAUGCCCGUGAUUCGCGCGCUCACCGACGCCGAGGACAGCCACCGCCUGGCCGUCAUGCUGCUCGGUGCGCCGGCAUGGGCGAGACCUCGCGACAUGGGUGUCGAUGGCCCCGAGCUUAGCGCCGAGCUCUUUGGUGUACCCCUCGUCAACCCCCUCGGUGUCGCUGCCGGGUUUGACAAGGACGCGCAGGCCAUUGACGGUCUCUUCGACCUCGGUUUCGGCUACGUCGAGAUCGGCUCGGUCACACCCUUGCCGCAGCCCGGGAACCCGACCCCGCGUUUCUUCCGUCUCGAAGAGGACAGCGCAGCUAUCAACCGCUACGGCUUCAACUCGAAGGGCCACGGCCAGGCUCUUGCUCGUCUGCGGACCCGUGUCGCCAACUUUGCCGUCGAGCACCCCAACCUCUUCCCCGAGGGCACUUCCACCGCUGUGCCGCCCAAGGGCCUUAACCGCUCCUUGCGUGAGGGCCACCUCCUCGGCGUCAACCUCGGCAAGAACAAGACGUCCGCCGCCGACUCGAACGACGACUACGUCAAGGGUGUCCGCCUUCUGGGUCCCUACGCCGACGUGGUGAUUAUCAACGUCUCGUCGCCCAACACCCCCGGUCUCCGCGCCCUGCAGUCCAAGGAGACCCUCGAGCGCCUGCUCAAGGACGUCGUUUCGGAGCGCGACUCGAUCGCCGUUGACGGCCUCCCCAAGAUCGCCGUCAAGGUCACUUGUGACUUGAGCGAGGACGAGCUCGCCGACGUCGCCUCUGCCGUGCGCGCUACGGGCGUCGACGGCGUCAUCCUCUCCAACACCACUGUGCGCCGUGACCUCGGCCUCGAGUCGGAGCACAAGGGCCAGGUCGGCGGUCUGUCCGGUCGCCCGCUCUACCCGCUCGCCCUGGCAGCACUCAAGACCCUCCGUCCCCUCCUCCCGCCCUCGGUCCCCAUCAUCGGCGCAGGCGGCAUCUGGAACGGUGCCGAGGCCCUCGACAUGGCGCGUGCCGGUGCCUCCACCGUGCAGGUCUACACUAGCUUCGGAUACCGCGGCGUCGGCACUCCCCGUCUGAUCAAGGACGAGGUUGUCGCUGCCCUGCCCGCUGGAUCAGAGUGGAAGAAGGAGAUUGGACGCGACUACGCCAACGCCAGCAUGGGCUGGGACGUCGACCGCGUCGCAGCCGAGGGCGCUGCCGUCGCCGCCGAGGCGGCUGGUCUCGGCGCCUUGCUCGCCGAGAUUAAGGAGAGGGAGGACAUCCACACCCUCGCGGCUGAGGCUCACGAGGCUCUCCACUCUAUUGCCGACAAGCUGCCAGAGGUUGCGGCCCCCGAGCCCCUUGCCCCCGACGCCAUUGUCGGCGCGCUCGAGAGCGCCAUUGCCGCGUCGGUGACUGUUGCCGGCGCCAUUGAGGCCGCACCCCUCGACGCCGACUUUGUCAUCAUCGACGAGGUCCUCCCUCCCGUCGUGGAGGUUGUUACCGCCGUCCCACCUACACCGUCCCAGCAGGACGAGUGGACGCAGCGUGCGCGCUCGGGUGACCGUCGUUUGGUGUAG